AUGAUGGCAUCACGAAAUGGACCCAAAGGCCCUGCCCCGAAGAAGAAUGCUGUUACAUACGGCAAGGCUCCCCGGAGUCGCCCGCUUGGCAGUUUGAACACAAUCGCCGAGUCUAAUCCCUACGACUUUCCCGACUCUGAUGGCUCCGACGCAUCACCAACGCCACGGAAACCAAACCCUCCCAAGAUGAAGCCAGCGACGCUCUCACGACCCCCCAAUGUCCAUCGCGGCUCAACAGAUACAGGAAGAGCGCGCGUUCCAGCGAAGCAAAAAGAGAAUGAUGGCGAUGCGCGCAAGAGAACACACUCGAAAGCCUUUGUCGAAGAUGGCAUCGUUGUGGCACGUCCGCCAACGAAUUCCUUCAGCGCACGCAUCAAAACAACACAACCGAUAUCUGAACCCAACCCCCGAAUCAUCCCCAAGUCGAAGCCCCUCGAACAGAUUCAGAACAAGAAGCCCAGACCUCCUACGACAUCGAACACAGCUCCGGUUGCUCGCAUGCCUGUGAGGCCACUCAAGACCGUUGGAUCCGCAAAUGCUACCAAGAAGCUGGAGCCCCCCAAACCACAAGCCCGGAAGCCUCGGUUGAUCGAUAGACUUGCUUCCCAAGCAGAGGAGGAAUCCGACUCCGAAACCGAUGACUCCAGGGCAAGUGAGGAUGACCGAGAUCGAACCCCCAGACACAGAUCACAGACACCUGCAUCUCAAAGAGCAAGCACUGCUAUGGAAUGGUCUCAAUCAAGGCCAGAGCAAACGAAGACUCCUGCAAGCAAAAAAAUCAAGCAUACAUACAGCCAAGCCCGAAGCAUUCGAGAGGAUACUCAGCAAGGCGAUGAUCCUUACGGUUUGUCGGCCGAUGCUCAAUUGGAUUCCCUUUUGUCAAGCCCUCCAAUUAAUGCUAGUAACCCACCAUUUUCACUUCCUGCGGAUGACUUCGACCUGGACGAUGACGAAGACGAUUGUCCCAAAUCCGCAAUUAAGAGUAUCCACGAAUUGCGCCGUGCUGGUGCAAACAACCGUUUCGCCGAUGAGAUGGAGGACCUGCUAUCAAGAAUUGGCGCUCCUGCUCGGGAUCAGGUAUCAAUGAGGCGCAACUCAUUAUUGGAACUUGCACAGAAACUGCAGCGGGAUGAUUUCGCAGCGCAGUUUAGGGACCACGCCGCUCGCGAUACCAUUGCAAAAGGUAUUGGAAAAGAGACCGACAUUAUCAGUGGUUUUGCUUUUACGUCAAGCCUUGUGUUGUUUUUAUCAUCGAAUAACGCGCCUCACCUUCUUAGGCGGCUUGUUGAGGAAAGGGUUGGGAAGAUGCUCAGCGAGCUAUUGCGAAUUCGGGACGACAUUACCGUCUUGGCUGCGCAAAGAGCAAUGAAUGUGUCCAAGGCAGGUCUGGCGUCACUCCGCGGAGUAAAGUCAUUUCUUCUGCGAAAGCCUCUCUGGCUUCAGCAACGCCCUAGCUCGCUAUCGCCACGGACCAUGGCGCUUCAGCUUCUUUCAAUUCUUCACCGCUAUCUAGAAACCCGGUAUUUGGAACAAGUUAUCCAGGAUUCAGAGUAUGAGCUACAGAAAAUCAUUGCAUCUGAGGACCUAUACGACCUUGAAGAAGACGAGGUCGAGGUUGAAGAAGACACCGAUACGGCCCUUGUUAUUGUGAUUUUGGAAUCACGCUCAGGGGCAGGCAUUGAAGCCACCGAAGGAACACAAAAGAUGGCGAGGGCAUCCAAGAUAUCGCAAUUCCUUCAGAAGACUCUGGAGAAUUGGCCGAAAGAGCAAGGCGAAGCAGUCACUACGACAUUGAAGCUGGUUAUCAAUACAACGAACGUCGAGGACGGUGCCAAAGCCUUUGGUAAUACAAGGACAUUACAGCACUUGAGUCGAUGCAUCUGUGAGGGUAUUCGGCAAGUCCAGGAAGCUGUUGAAAAAAACACCUUCCAAGCCGGGCUCUACAACGAACUGUUACUCGUUCUUGGCGUUACAAUAAACAUUCUAGAACAUCAUAAACCAUCCAGGGCGCUUAUUGACCAAACAAGUUUGGAAAGGCUCGCAGCUUUGUACAUGGGCAAUCACGAAUCAAUUGAUGAUGCCGACUCGGAGCAGCAGUCGAAAGUCAACGUUGCUCUUGGCUACCUCGCUGUCAUUCUUGGUUAUCUCUCCCUCGACCCCCAGGCGCGGGGCGUCAUACAGAAGCACAACAACGGGUCAGGUCUCACCCACCUGAUUGAAUCAAUUCAAAAGUUUUCUAGACUUUUCAGCACUGUUGAUAACAAAAUGCACGAGUUAGAAGGACUUGUGAACGAGCUUCAGCGGCAUCGCGCAUAG